AUGGCUCAGCUACAAGCCCAUGCUCUGGCCUCUCAACAACCAUCACACUCUGAACCUGAACUAACAGUCACUACCCCACCCGCUGCACAAAAUCCAACUACAUCUGAACCACCCGCACAACAACCAACACACUCACCAUCUGAACCAAAUCCACAACCUAAACAAACAACACCGUCAUCCCCUGCCAUUCCCACACCAACAACUUCCGCUGCCUCCGUCACUCCCACACUGAAUCUCAGUGCCCCCAACUCACCUUCCCCAUCCUCUCUAGCCUCUGCCACUGAACCAGAAACAACCUUCCCUACCCUAGAAGAAGCUGUACUAGUUUUUGCAGAGUCUUCAGUAGAAAAGGUCAAGUCUCUGACCAUCAAUUCUGAAAUCAAUGAUGAUCCCUCUGAAGUAAGGAUCUACUGGAGCAGAGUGAUCAGUUGGAUGACCUCUAAAGCCUUCAAACUGAAAGGCCUCUCUAAACAAGUCCACGACGACUUCAUCAGAGACGCUGGUAUUAGGCUCCAAGAGCGCUUGGCUAGAGAGGCUGAGGAACAAGCUAGGAAGGAAGCUAAAGAGAAAGCACGCCAAGAAGAAGAACAACGAAUCAGAGAAGCUGAAGAGAAGGUUGCUUCCGAUGUUGCUGCUGCUACGACUGCUGCUGAGGCAGAGGCAAAAGUUAUUGUCGAAGUUGAAGAAGUAGCUCGUAUAGCUACAAAAGAAGCUGCCAAAGCCAGAACUAACACUCUGACUCAGGGGGAGCACUCUAACUCUGGGUUUGUCCCUCUGGUCUUGAAGACUCUGGAGGAACUGUAG